AUGGUCAAUGAUGAACGAAACAAACUAAUAACAACUAGUCUCUUCGAGACUCAUUUUGAUUCGUAUCUUCCUCUUCUACCGCCGUUUACAGGACAAUGGCAUCUCACAUUGUUGGUUAUCCCCAAGGUGGCUGCUGAUCUCAGAUCAUCCAUCUGGAAACAGAUGUCUGAUGCUGGCAUCAAGUACAUCCCCAGCAACACCUUCUCUUACUAUGAUCAGGUUCUUGACACCACUGCCAUGCUUGGUGCUGUCCCCUCAAGAUACAACUGGAAUGGUGGUGAGAUUGGUUUCGACACUUACUUCUCCAUGGCCAGAGGAAACGCCUCUGUCCCAGCUAUGGAAAUGACCAAGUGGUUUGACACCAACUACCACUUCAUUGUCCCAGAGCUAAGGCUCUUGGAGUUGAUACCGUACCAGUCUUUGUUGGCCCAGUCAGCUACUUAUUGCUGUCAAAAACCUGCAAAGGGUGUUGAGAAAACCUUUGAUCUUCUGUCCCUUCUUGAUAAAAUCCUUCCAAUCUACAAGGAAGUGAUUGCCGAGUUGAAGGAAGCAGGUGCUACAUGGAUCCAGUUUGACGAGGCUACCCUUGUGAAGGAUCUUGAGGGGUACCAAUUGGAAGCUUUCACCAAGGCCUACUCUGAGCUAGAAUCAGCCUGCUCUGGUCUUAAUGUUAUUGUUGCCACCUACUUUGCUGAUGUUCCCGCUGAAGCAUUCAAAACCCUAACUUCAUUGCCUGGAGUUGCUGGUUUCACUUUUGAUUUGAUCCGUGGUGAAAAGACUCUUGAAUUGAUCAAGAGCAGCUUCCCAUCUGGGAAAUACCUUUUUGCUGGAGUUGUGAUGGAAGGAACAUCUGGGCUAAUGAUCUUGCUGGUUCUCUCACUGUCCUCGAGUCUCUCGAGGGCAAUGUGGGCAAAGAUAAGCUUGUGGUUUCGACCUCUUGCUCACUCCUUCACACUGCUGUCGAUCUUAUUAAUGAGACCAAAUUGGAUGAUGAAAUCAAAUCAUGGCUUGCGUUUGCUGCUCAGAAGGUUGUUGAAGUCAAUGCAUUGGCCAAGGCUCUAG